UGUCUUGUUGAAUUCAGACCUUCAUUAAACCCAAGAAGUGCUUCACGACUCACUACUCGAAUACUCACUCCUCGGUUGCCGCGAGGAAUCAUUUCAUUCGCCUUUUUCACCUCUCUGUCCUUCUGUCUUUUUUAACAGACAACAAUGACUACACCAUUCCCUCCACCACCCGUUGAUACCAUUGACUGGAACAAUGUCGGCUUCAAAGUUCGUGAAGUCAAUGGCCAUAUCGAAUCGCACUUCAGCUACUCCGGCGGCGGCACCUGGUCCGAACCCAAAUUCGUCGCGUCCCCCCACCUCCAAAUCCACGGCAUGGCGCCAGGUCUGAACUAUGGCCAACAAGCCUACGAAGGGAUGAAAGCCUUCCGCUCUCCUGGCAACAAGAAAGUCACAAUCUUCAGACCGAACCGUAAUGCAGUUCGCAUGCAACAUUCUGCCGAUUUUGUCUCCAUCCCACGUGUCCCAGAGGAGCAUUUCAUAAAAUGCGUGAAUCUGGCUGUUGCUGCAAAUGCCGAGUUUGUACCUCCACACGAAACUGGAGCGGCCAUGUAUAUCCGUCCUUUGAUUUUCGGAUCCGGUGCUCAGUUAGGCCUCAACCCACCGGACGAAUAUACCUUCGUCGUGUUUGUGAUGCCAACCGGUGUGUAUCACGGUGUACAUGCUGUGGAUGCCCUGAUCUUAGAGGACUUCGACCGCUCCGCACCCGAAGGUACCGGAUCUGCCAAAGUCGGUGGGAACUACGCCCCUGUUCUGCGACACUCGCAACGUGCAUACGCCGAGAAAUAUGGAAUCACGUUACAUCUUGACAGCAAAACGCGCUCAGAGAUUGACGAAUUCUCAACCUCAGCAUUUAUCGGCGUUCGCAAGAACCCCACCACCAAAAAUGACGUGACGAUUGUUGUCCCCGAUAGCAAGAAUGUCAUUGACUCCGUCACCGCUUCAUCUGUCUACGAGCUUGCCUCAAAGGCUCUUGGAUAUAAAGUCGAGAAACGUCGAAUUCCAUAUGAGGAAUUGAAGGAAUUCGAUGAGGUGUUUGCGGCAGGAACUGCGGCUGCAUUGGUGCCUAUCAAAUCGAUAACCAUGAAAUCACGAAAUGACAAAUUCAGUUACAAUGUGGGGAGCGACGAAAGUGGUGGCGAGGUCUGCUCGAAGCUGUUGAAGAUGCUUAAGGGGAUUCAAAACGGGACAGUGGAGGAUAAAUUUAGCUGGAACUUUGUAGUAACGGAACCUCCCAAGGGAUUUGUUGAGGGUGCUGGUGCUGGGCGAGAUGCUGACGGGGUGAAUAUUCCAUGAUCACAUUUGUCUAAUGCCAUUUGGUCGAACGCUAUUGUAAUGCCAAAAGCUGUCACAAGGUCUAAAUCCCUUGUGGUCCUUAUCUACUCUUUCUAGUAUCUCGUCUCAUUUACAAUGUAGGAAAUAGGCAAAAAGUGGUAUCUUCUGUCUGC